CGAUUCAAACUUCUACACAUUGAGUUAUGGCCGACAACAACAGUAAGUCUGAAAAAUUUGUAACAUUUUUGUUUUACAUAUAUUACUUUUUCUAAAAUUCGCAUUUGAAUGAAUUAUACGUCACGGGGGCGUGAGAAGAUAUUUGGUUAUGGCAGGCGAAAGAAGUUCGGAAAACGUCGUCAUGCCGACCUCUACCGAAGUGACCGAAGGCGAUCCCUUGUCGACUUCAACCGAGCACGAAAGCGAUCGUUCAGAUGGUACAAAUGUUGCAAUAAGUCGUUUAAAUAAAACAUCUCGAUUUGCGACAAAUGAUACCACCUAUAUUACAUCGCCUGGCUCUUUACAAGUUGGCACUCUAGUAUCAGGGUCCUCUUUUAACGUGAUAGCACCGGAUCAGUUGCCACAUUUUAAGCCUAUGCUUUGUGUUGAUAACGGUUUUAUUUCGAGUGGUUCCCUUGCAGAAGAAAUUAAAACUACACAUAUCGUCAUACAAGAAACAGCUUUGCCGACCAAACAAGAAUCGAAACAUAUUAUCUCUAAUACAAAUUCAUCAAUAUCAGGUACGAGCAGCAGUAAUCAGUCAUGGACGGAAACAGCAAAUAUGCCUGUUAUACCGAUAAGAUGCAAAAAUACCUCGGCAGAAUUACACAAAAGCAAGCUUGGCUCUGGUGGCCGUGGAAAGUGUAUAAAGUAUUGUUCUGAAUGGUAUACGCCGAGUGAAUUUGAGGCUUUAUGUGGUAGAGCAUCCAGUAAGGACUGGAAAAGGUCUAUUAGAUUUGGUGGUAAAAGUUUACAAGUGCUAAUUGAAGAAGGUAUCCUGACUCCUCAUGCUGCCAGUUGCACAUGUGGAGCAUGUUGUGAUGAUCUGACAGCAACAGGCCCUGUGAGGUUGUUUAUACCCUACAAAAGAAAAAAACGUAGUCCUCAAGAUGACAUUCAAACAAAAACAAACCGAUUAAGAUCCAAAGGUAAACAUGAACCAGAAAAGCUUGAUAUAGAUACCCAACCAAUGAGUAAUAACAGCAACUCUAAAGAGACAUGGCAGUCCAUUGCAGAGGAGCUAGAAAGUACCAGUGAAUAUGAUUUGUUAGCUUCUGAUCCCAAUCAGGAUACUAUUGCUAUACCAGCACUUAAGGAAAUAGACGUACCCACUACUACCACUGUAAUGAAACGUAUGGAUGAUAUAGUGGACAUAUUUCUGAAAUUAUCUCAGGAGCUAAAGCAAUGUGUAGAAGACAUUCAUUUAAUAAAUAAGCGUCAAUCGGAGAGACUUGAGCAUGUGAAGGCAUCAGAAUUAUUAGCGUCUACUGUAGAAGCGCAAGUUGAAGAUGAGUUUUCUCCAAAUACUGUGGAGGCUAGCUCAAAAAAGUGUGCCAAUUGUAACCGCGCCGCAUCAGCAGAGUGUUCCUUAUGUCGAAGAACUCUAUACUGUUCAACAUUUUGUCAGAAAAAAGACUGGGCUGUACAUCAAAUUGAAUGUUUGCGUGAUGUUCCCACCAUGCUCAUUGUAGAAAGCCAACCCCAAUAAUACAUAUGAAUCUAAUAUAAAUGUAAUAUUAUGUAAAUAUUUAAUGUUAGGAUAAAACAACAGAUUUUAAAUAACACUGAUAAGCAAUAUUGAAAAAACUAAAUUAAUAAUUAACUACUCCGGAAGAAAAGUACGACCGAAAUAUAGAAAGCCAAGUGAAUGCUGGUAAUAAUAAUAAUAAUAAUAUUUAUUUAUUUCUCAAAAAAACUUACAAAACUUCGUACAUGAUAUGUUACAGUAAUGUGUCUAAAUAAUUGUCAUUCUUCUUUGGAGUAAUUGUAUUGUUUAUGUGAGACUGAUGCCUGCUAAAGGUCGUGCACCUGUGUUACAGGUCAUCAGGCCUCCACCACUUUGGAUCGACAAAUGAUAAUAAGUAAAGAAUAGACAAUCAUAGUUACAGUAGGUACGUUAACAAAAUAAGAAAUAUAUACAUUUUUCUACUAUAUAGUAUUGUACACAAGGAAUAUAUAAAUAAAUGAUGCAUUCCUUUAUGUAUAGCCAAGAAAUCUCAAAUGAGACAUGACUGGCCAUACAACAGGGAAUGUUUCGGUGGUUUGGCCAUGUAGAGUAGUUGUAUGGAAAGCAGCAUUCAAGUAUGAUAAACAAGGCAACCAUGGAUAGAUAUAUCGACUUGGGCAGGUCUUGUCAUCUUGUGAAUAUACAGGGUGGCCAAAAAGUCGUGGAUCCAGGGGUAAGAUGUUGUCAUCAGUUGCAAAAAAUUUUUUUAUAAAUUAUUUUGCAUAAGAAAAUUUUAUUUAUUUUUUUUACUCAUUCUUAUUAAAAUUCGGAUAAAAUCUACACCUGUAUCAGUACCAAUCUAGUGAAAAUAAUGAAAUAGAUACAGGAUGUAGAAGGCAACCCUGUAUAAUUAAAUAAAUCCUCCUAAAUUAAGCACACAUUAGCUUAAUUUAGGAGAUGCUAGUGUACAUUGUAUCAAUUUAAAUGAAGUGAAUGUAACCAAACAUGUGGGACCAAAAUAUCUAAAUAUAUGCAUGUAAAUUCUGUUAAUUAUAGAAUUAUUAAUAAUUUAUUUAUCUUUUUUAAAAUUAACUGUGCUCCUAUUGAGCUAUUGGCAAAGAAAAUCUUGCAGUGUGUUUUGAUAGUUUGGUCUUCGUUAUCUCUACCAUGGUUAGCCUUUAUCCUUUUCAAACAUAAACAAUAGAAACGCUAGCUAGUAAAUAUUUUAUGAAAUAGUGUUUAUUAUAUUAUUUUAUUGUGAUGAAUAAAAAAGAUAAUUUUUCCUAUUUAAUGAAUAAUUAUUUAACUUGUAUGUAUUAUGGCCAUGGGAUUACAAUAGAUAAUAAUUUGGGAUAUACUGUGGGACUUGUACUUAAUUGAGUGAUGUUCAUAAAUUUGUAUCGGAUCAGUUCUACAUUCUGUAUAAGAUAAAUAUAUCAUAAAUGUGAUUUAAACUGAACACCAAAAAUUAAAAUAAAGUAGAUAUGUAUAUUGUACGUAAAUAUAAUUUUAUAGUUAUACAAAUUAAUCAUUUCACCCUUUUGACAUACGUGUACCUAACCCUAGUUAUUUAAUAGUAAUGCAAUAUUUAUAAUAUGUAUAUGUUUGUUGUAAAUUUUUAUAUUAAAUUCGAGAUAAUUAUUA